AUAGAUUUACAAUUAAAUUUUGUCCGUAUCCAGUGAUUCAUAUCCAUAGCUUCGUGCUGUGGAGUGUAUUCUCGUAGUCGUCCUCUUCAGACGUGAAAGUGUGUGAUCACAUUCUGAUGGCUGAUGGCUGAAGAAGCGGAAUAUCAAGCAGUGGGCGAGGAGGACGCUGGUGCCACUGGCGAAGCAAGUUUAUCUGGAAAUGCUCCCGAUGAAAACCUAUCAAAUGAUAAUGGCCAAGCUGAAAGAAGUACUGGCUUCACGGGUCCUCGUGAAGGGUACGAAUGGGACCCCAUGAGACAAGGCUAUUUUCCUAAAAUUGAUGAUGACUUCAUGGCAUACUACCAAGCCUCGUACGGUUUUGUCGAGGAAGAUGGCGUUGUCAAGCCAGCACCAGCGCUGCCGGUAGAAGAGGUUCUUGCUGCUCAGGCCGCCAGUCAGCCUCCUCCUCCAACCACAGAAGAUGCGGAGAAUGAGAAUGCAUCCCAGCAUGAGAAGCCGGAGAAACCUGGCUCCAAAGCGGCAAAGAGCGCGGGCGCUCCUAGUGACGCUACAGGCACUGCUGGUGCUGCGGGCACAACGGAGGGCGAAGAUCCCAGCAAACAAGCUCAAGGGAAAAAGCGCAAGGCCGCAUCAGACCCUUCCUGGUUCGAAAUGGAGGAGGCCAAGAACAACAAUGUGUAUGUCUCGGGCUUGCCAGUGGAGUACUCAGAACAAGAAUUUUAUGACCUCAUGUCAAAAUGUGGGAUCGUGAAGGAUGAUGACAUUACUGAGGAGCCAAAGAUCAAGCUGUACCGCACAAAGGAUGAGCAGCUGAAGGGAGAUGGGCUUUGUUGCUACCUGAAGCACGAGUCUGUUGCAUUAGCCAUCCAGAUACUGGAUGGCAGUAUGGUCGGCAGUGGCACAAUUUCAGUGCAACAAGCCCAGUUUGAGCGUAAAGGUGAAUUUAAUCCCAGUGUGAGAAAGAAGAAGAAACCGAAAAAGAAGAAUGCCAAGAGCGCCCAAGAAAAAUUGUUGGGCUGGAAUGAGCCGAAGAAGGGACCAAUGAAGCGGAAAAACGAGAAGAUUGUCAUCUUUCACCAUUGCUUUGAACCUAAAGAGUUCGAGGAGGAUGCUCUACUUAUCAAUGAAGUCCGUGAUGACCUGAAAGGGGAAUGCGAGAAGUGUGGACCGGUGCAUAAAGUUAUUGUUUAUGAUCGGCAUCCUGAAGGUGUACUGUCAGUGGCAUUCAAGGAGUUCGAAGGCGCUGAAGAAUGUGUAAAGGUGAUGAACGGCAGAUGGUACGCUGGUCGUCAGCUGAAAGCAGAACUCUACGAUGGCGUGACAAGCUAUCAGAUUGAAGAGACGGACCUUGAGCGAGUCGACCGCCUCAAGAAGUGGGAGGAAUUCAUCUCUUCAGAAACGUCUGGCCAGGAUGGAGCAAGCAAGCCAGAAGCCAAGCCAGCAGCCAGCGAUGCGAGCUCAGCUGAUGAUGUACCUAUGUCCAGUGAGGAGCCUGCGACUUCAGCCAGUUAACGUUGCAACGUGCAACCUGUCCAACUGUCAGUACGUACCCUUACUUUGAACUCCUUCAUGACAUGUGUGGUAGCCCUACUGUAGGAACACUUGACACUACCAGUUACAGUAGCAUUUGGAGAAGUAUUGCAAAGAAACAGGCAAGAUUCUCUGACUCUCCGCUCGCAGAGAAGAUGUUUUCCUCGGCCCCUUUGGUUGGUGACGUGUAUACUGUCAUUGCUCAUCAAUUGCCAAAAGCCUUCUUGUACAUAAAUGUGACAUAGUGUGAUAUUCUCUACCAGAUCUUACAGGUCAAUCCUGGUGAUUGAGCCGACAACUGUACAUAUCUGCCUCCCCGUUGCUUCUCUUCUCUCUUUUUUAAACUGCUUUGCUGCUUUGUUUGAAUUGCAUUGUGCUGGUCAACUCCAUUUGUUGACAACUUCUAGUUCUGAGCCAAGGAAAUACCUGCGUUCUCGGCUAGGCCUGAUCUGAAGAAAAGAAGAGAAAAACUUGAAAAUACUCAUGGAGGGCAUUCUA